UGGAAGGGCAGGCAGGCAGAGCCCCUGGGAGGCUGGAGGCACGGAGGACUGCUCUGGUAUUCUGGGGCAAAGUGCAAUGACUGUGCCCUUGCACAAAGUCAUCUGUCGCCUGACUUGGCUUAGCAUGUCCCAUGGGAGAGCAGUGCCUUGGCAGCCUGGCUUUGAGAGCAGUCCCUCCUCAGGCCCGUCACCUGGCAUGGGCAGGGGCGGGUGCAACUAGCAGCCUACCAGCCGGAUUCAGUGCAAACCAUCUGCUUCUCACAGCAGUGCUGGGUAAGUAUCUCAGCGUGUUUCACGCCCUGGAAACUUUGUGCAAACAUGUUCUUGUAUGGUGGAUAAUGAGGAAGUCCUGAACGUUUCCAGCCUGCAGAGAGGCUGUAAAAGCAGUAGCCGAAUCAGGGGUGGGUCAGAUGCCAGCAGUCAGCAGAGAUGAUGAUGCUGUGGACUAAAAAGAGUCACUCCACUACACACAGCGCUGAUAGAUUGAGCCCUGGCACACUGAGCUUCGCUUGCUCAGCCACUUCUUGCAGGGAAAGCAGUUCACCACGCUGUGGAGACAAGCUGUUCUCUCUGGACAGCCCAGGGCAUUCCUCCCAGCCCUCUCCUGUUUCUGCCACCAGCCUGCAGCUCUAGGGGUGGUUUUGCUAAGCACUAACUGCCUGUUUCAUUCAAACAGGGAAGGAAGGGUCUUGGUGGAUGUGCCUUUUCUCCCAUUACCUUAGACUUCAGAGCUGCUCUCUGUAAUGCUGCAGUGCAGGUGAGGCUCAUGAUGUCCUGUUCAGCUGGAGCUAUGAAAUAGUUGCAUCCUGAUGGUCUGAGUUUGCUGCUUUAUGAAGAUGCUGUGCUGGCUGUACUAAUGAAAGGCUGUGGGGCACACCUUCAGCCAUCAGUGAUUCAUCACAGUGGUCAUGGAGAAACGAGAGUGGCAAUGUCACAGCUGGCAGAGGAAGAAACAAGCUGAAGCUACACAGGAGCAGGAUCCAACAGCUGCAUCUAUUUCGGACAGAGAUUGUGAUACGAGAGAGGGAGAGACGGUAGCCAUGAACUAUAAGCCGUCCCCACUUCAAGUGAAAUUAGAGAAGCAGAGGGAGCUGGCUCGGAAAGGCUCCCUGAAGAACGGCAACAUGGGAAGCCCAGUUAAUCAGCAGCCCAAGAAGAACAACGUGAUGGCACGAACAAGGCUCGUCGUUCCCAAUAAAGGCUAUUCAUCAUUAGACCAGAGUCCAGAUGAAAAGCCCCUGGUAGCCCUGGAUACGGACAGUGAUGAUGACUUUGACAUGUCCAGAUAUUCCUCUUCGGGAUACUCAUCAGCUGAGCAGAUCAACCAAGACUUGAACAUCCAGCUGCUAAAGGAUGGGUACCGGUUAGAUGAGAUCCCAGAUGAUGAGGACCUCGACCUAAUUCCCCCUAAAUCGGUCAACCCUACCUGCAUGUGUUGCCAAGCCACCUCCUCCACCGCCUGUCACAUCCAGUAGUGAGGCCGGCAGGCUGUGAUCAGUGCUUUCCACUAUAACUGUAAAACUUAACAGCCAUUGCUUCCUCCUAUGGUAGGACGUGCACCUCUUUGUGUUCAUGGAGCCAGGAGAAACCAAAAAAUUCAUUUUAUGAUUGGUUGAUAAGUUAUUUUAAACUAUGGUUAAACAAAAGAGAACUUGCUCAAAGUGCCAGGCAGUGCCUGGCAGAGCUGACUGGUCUGGAGAGCAAAUGCAGAGGGGUCCAGAGAUACCUCCUUGGUUUGUGUAGGCACUGGGGAUGUUGUAAAAGUGUCUAUUCCAGAAUGGGAAGGGUCAGAUGGGGCUGCAGGUAAUCCUGCCCACCAAAACCAAUCCAUCUGCAAGAUCAAGGGUGAGUCUGAUGGGUCAGGGGGUUUUACCAGCGAGAGAAGGUCAGUUCUUUGUUCAUUCACUAAACCUGUUUCAUUUGCAUAACUAAAAUGAUACUGUAACUGGGGCACAUGAAUGGGAACAGAGCAGGGCAUCCUUCCUUGUGGCAAGGCUAGCCAGGACUAGCAUGACACCAUUCAUUCACUUGCGAAGAGGAUGAAUAGGUGGCAUUUCACUGUGAGUCAGUACUAGCUACAGCUGUCAUGUCACAUACCCGAUGCAAUCCACCCUUAGCUCCACAUUAAAUUAUCACCAAACACAUCAGAUUCGAUCUGCAAUCCAUCCGUGCUCUCCAGGGAUUCAGUCCUUGCCCAAGAAUACCAUACUCCUGAGUUCAGUCCAGUCACGUACACUGACUUCAGCCUAUACUUAAUUCGCAUGAGACCCAUCAGCUUCCAAAAAUCUUUAACUUUGUACAACUAAGAAAAAAUGAGUCCUGCAUGAGACAGGGCUAGAGCUGUAUGGUCUGAAGGUCAGUGCCGGAAAAGCUAGUUGAAGAAAGCACAUUUUUACAGUGCUCAACUGUUGAUAUUCUCUUGACACUGCAUCUCUUGGUGCCUGUGGGAGAGAUUUGUUAAUUUGGAAGGCAUCUGUGUGGUGGUGUCAGACUUCAGGGGAGUUUUCAGCAACAGCACGAUUAUAAACAGCUUCAGCUGAAAAAAAAAACGUGAGAGGAAACUACUGUUUAUCCCACCUCUGCUCACUUGUGAACCAGGCUUGGUCUGUGUUAGAGCUGUUCCACGUCUGGAGCCAUUGUGUUUAUUUGGUGCUGGAACAGUCAGGAAACCUGGCAUUACAUUAGGCUGCUGGACUGAAUUGCCAGUUCACCAGCAGAGUAUUUGAAAUGCAAAAUCAUUUCUGGAAUUAGGAAAUUAGUAUCCUCUCCCUGGCCAGGUCUUGCACUGCUGGCUUCAGCAUAUGCAGGGCUCUGGUGAGGGAUGGGCUGGUGUUGAAUUCUUUUGCCCCAGGCACAACUGUGUGUUUUCCUGCCCUGCCAGGAAGAAAGACCACCUGCCUUGGGUCAUCACUUGCUUUAUAGCCUGGGGAAGGGAAAAAUUGAGAGCAAUUCUGAGCUUUCCAUCAGAAUUCCUGAGUCACAAGGCAGAGCCUGAGCUCCACCCCAACAGACAGAUCCCUCAUCUCAAAUCUGCAUGAAGUGAGCUGCAUCUUUAAUAAGUCCUCUUCAUGAUUAGGGAGAUCUAUUUAACAUGCUGGGGUUUCACUCUGUGCAGUGCAAAGCAGGAUACCAUCCACAGUGUGAGCAAAAGAGCAGGCACACAAGAUUGCUGGGCUUUAUUAUUCACUAGCUGGUAUGUGCAACUGUUAAAGCUAUGUUUGCUCCCCCUCCCUAAAACAGCACGGCUGCCACCCUGGCUCCAGGCCAUAGGAAGAAUGAGCAGUGCUGUUCACUGAGCAUCCGUGCCUCCUCCUGCAGAAGUGCUGGUUAACUCACCAGCUCCCCUAGGAAGAGUGUUCCUCAAGUGAAUUCCUCUCCCUUUCUCACCACCUGGUAAUGCCGAGGGGGGAAUAUUUCCAAAAUGUUUCUAAAGAAGCACAAAGCAUCAGGUCUCCAAUUCUUCACUUCUUCCUUUGUGUGCCUGCUUUACUCGCCAGUGCUAGCUCAGGUUGAGGUUAGUAAGUUGUCUGGAGGUCGAGGAAGAGCUCUAACAACACUGUGUAGAGAGAAAAAGGGAAAAAAGAUUCCUUAAGGAGUCUUAUUUUUUUAAUAGGGGAUGUAGUCAAAACCUCACAAACACCAUGGUCAAACCAAAUCCUACAGGACAUGACUGAGUCUUUAAAUCUUCACUCUUAUGAAGAGGGACUUUGCAGUUCAGCAUCGGUACCAUGCAACAUCUUCAUGGCAUUUAUCCUCCUGGGUCAGCCUCUGUGCCUUCCAGCUGGGCUGUGCAAUCUCGGCCAUUCCCACAGCCCUUGAUCAGGAGCUCGGAGCAUUUCAGUGUGCCUGCUGGAGCAACAAGCCAUCCGUUUACAUGGGUCAGUCAUGGAGGACAGCAGGUCCCACAGGUCUCCAUCAUGCUGCUGUCAUGUUCUGUCUAAGACAGAAUGAGUCUUGCUGACAUUGUAUCUUCGAGGGCUAAUGCCUACCCUCUGAAGGACAGACCUUCCCUGAUAACCACUGCCUCACGGCACCACAACCAAGUCCUUUUAUUGGCCCCAUUGCUGGUUUUUGCCUGCCACAUGCCCUGAGGCAUUCCUCAACUCCGCAGCCCUGAAACUGCCCUUAGCCCUUUGCAUUGUGUGAUGUGCAUCUGCUUCUAGCACAACCCUUUAGGGAGGGAGGGAAAUGAAUUUAAGUGUCACACCCAGUGCUUCCUGUAAAUACAGACUGAAGCACAGGCCAAGUGUUUUUCCCUGUGCACAGGAGUUGUUUGCACAAAUAGCUGGUUUGGCAUGACAGUACAGGACCAUAAAAUGGCAAUUUUUUGGCUUCUCCUCUCUAUGCUUUGUGUUCAUAUAUUUUAUUAGGGGAAUAAAGUAGAAAGGGUGGGGAAAAGUAGUUACCUGUGUAGGGUCAUUAUCAGGAAGGCUGAAUGGAUUAAGGCAAUGCACUUGUGGCUAUCAUAGAAAAUUGAACACUAACCCUUCUGAACUGCAGCCCCUUAAACAGGUUAUGACCAUGCGGCAUGUUUGUUGGCUCGUUAUGGAAUGUGGUGGACAGCCCAUCAGUAUGUGUUAACCGCAGAUUGGGCUUGCUCCCCCCAUCUGGUCUCAUGUUCACACCUUUGCUUCAGCCAGAAGGUUUUCCCCGCGCCCUCGUUGGGAGGUUACGCUGUGGUGCCUCUCUGGGAAGGUGCAUAGAUACAUUGCCAUUCUGGCACUGCUCUCCCUAGACCAGUCUCUGCUGCCAUGGCCUGGAGAAGGCAAAAGCAAAGAGUACGGACCCUGACUCUCUGUCAUGGCAUUAUAAAGUCCUAAAAUCUGCAUAGCUGCUGGGGACUCUCCUAAAUGCAGAUUGCAUGCAAGAAAGCAAAUUUUUCCUUGUUCCAGUCUUUGCACCAAACCAGAUGGUCUUCUCAGGCCCCAUUUUCAGUCCAAAGUUGUACAGAAUAUCAAGGGGAGAAGCACCAUGGGGUAUGAAAGGCUGCAUCGCUAUCCAUCUAAAUUACCACGCAAACAGGAUUUAAGGAUAUUGAUGCUGGUGCCUCCACAAAGGAAUUUGCAUUUGAUGCCUCCUAAAGCCAGGCUGGCUUUUUGUUAGGUUUUUAUGUAAUUUUAGUCACCAAAUUACCUGAAUUUAAGCAAGUCCUUUCCUUUUAUCAGAUGUUAAUUUUGCCCUUUAAUAUGAGCUGACUUUGAACUGCAGGGUCUCAGCACUCAGCUCUGUCUCUCCAGUCUGCAGACUUCCCAUUUCCAGAUGUCUGUGUGAGGAGGAACAUCCUCCUAGUGUUGAGGAAGGUCUUUUGAUAACGUGGUCUAGUCUGCAUUUCUAGUGGUUGUGUAAUAAUAAACUUUGGCUGAAAGGAGGCUGAUGUCCAGGUGACCAUCCCAAAGGCUCAUUUGAUGUCUUAUCAGCCAUAUCUUGAAGUCAACCCUGGCAAGAGAGUAUCGUAUCUGACACUGCAUCUCUACAUGUACGCUAGGCCAUUGGGUCUGCUAUGCUGUUCUGGCUGUCUUGCCUGCAGAUGCCUUGUGGCUGCAAAAGCAGGCAGCCAAGCCUGCUGCAUGGACUUUGAAAGGGACUUCAGGACACUCCCCCCUGGAUAGGAUGUACUCAGCUGCUUCUGCGUUUGCCUCUCCAGCUCCUUUCCCAAAAGGAGGCACCCGCUCUGCUCACCUGUGUGCUGGCUGACACACUGGUCUGCGAUCCUGAGCAGAAUCCUUUCCUCCCCGUGCAGACUCUGUCCUCGGGCUGGCCUGCCAGCUCUACAACAGCAUGCAGGAGGCUUGAAAAGUACAGCACCCUGUAUGUGACUCAACAGAAACAUGAAGAUGCUUUUGAAGAAAGGAAGGACCCAGCUGGGCACCAGAUGGAAUGACAGGAAAGGGAAAACAGGCAGUAACUAGAAAGGUUGCCAAGUGCUGUCUUGGCCUAGGGCAGAUCCCAGUUGUCCGAAUUAAUCUAUCUCAGUACAGUGCUGAUACCAGCAGGAAGCAAAGCUGGCUUUCAGAUGCACACACCAGAAACACUGUGUCCCCAGGCUGGCACCGCAGCCGAAUACCACUGUGGAGAGUGUGCUGGACCUAGAGCACAGAAAUGAGGUCUGGGGUCCCUUGCUGCUGUUGGCACGUGGUACACAUUUGCUCUAACCUCAGGCAAGUCACAUCCCCUCUUGAUGUCCAUUCCCUUCGGCAGCACAGGGAAGAAACCUGCCUUUCCAAGGUGCUACCACCACCCUGCAUGAACAUUGCCAAGUGUGUGGCAGGCACCAUUAAUAGGAUAGCUCUUCAAGCAAGGUGCAAAAGGCAUGCUGUAGAAAUUUUAUGCAUAUUUUCAAAGUACUACUCUGCUUUCCAGCUUGUGAUGUUGCUUGCAUGUGCCAGAAGGCUGUGGGGUGGAGGUUAGUAGGGAGAUUAAACAGCUUUGGGGGAAGAUGUUUGGCAAGGAUCUAUUUCCUUGUUAUUUGGCAGCUGGCUCUCACACAAUUGGUGUCUCAAUCUGCCUGCUGCCACAAGGAACAUGUAAGAAGAUUUGGUGGUCCAUCAGCACCAUCCCCUGCUAGUAGAGUUAAGGAACUUAAGAGUGCAACUGGGAUAGCAAGUGCUGGUGAGAGGGAAGAGAGCACUGAAGGGCUCAUUUGGGAUAUUCCCCUGGCAGUUUUGUGCUCGUACUUUUAACAUCCAUAUAAUAAUUUGAGGGUGUAAACUAGCACUUUUGCUUAGGUGCUUCCUUUCUUUUCUGUUCUCCCUUCAAGCUCACAUGGAGGUAUGGCCGCUCUUACCUAGAAUGAAGGAGGCUUUGUCAGCUGGCUGCCACUUGGCUCAGCCAGCCCAGGCUGCAUGUGCCACCAGGAAUACACCCUGGCUUUCACCUCUACCACUCUUCAGAGCUGACUUAUCACAUCAGCCUCCUAUUUCUACUUCUCAUGUCUCAAAAGAAACAUCUGCAUAGAUGGGCAGGGUCACAGGGCAAGCUGGGCUAGCUUGAGCCCAAGGGGAAGACACAGGAAGGUCUUCAUUUUAAGGUGCUUUUCACCUCUAGGAGAACAUUGCAUCCUUGUCACUUCCUUCCAAGGCUUUCCUGUGAGAGGGGUUGCUCCAGACCUUGAACCACAUCUCAUCAGACAAACCUGCCUGUCUUACAGAGCCACACAAGGCCUGAAGCAGAAGGACUAGCAAUUUAGUGUAGAGGGAGAGGUUGUGACCUGGGAUUACCUACAGAAGAUUAAUGCAGGUUUCUCACAGGGGCUGGUAUCUUUAUUUUAGCUCCCUGUAUUAUGCAGUUGAGCUGCUGCAUUGCGUCCAAAAAACUACAGCUACAUCCCCUCCUUGGCCUCCCUUGACAUUGGUGGCAAUCCCAGGAUCACAGCAGCUAAAUGCUGCCUGGCUGAGCACUGCUUUGACAGCUUGCUGGGGAGGCAAAGGUUGGGGACUAAUUGAGAUUACGUGAAACAGAGCACCAUGACCUAUGGAACUGUGCAGCAAUCUAUGCCACAGAGCAGCACGGACACUGGCAGGACAGAUUGCAGCUGUCCCUGGUGCCUUUGGAGAGCAGCUCUUCCCAUUGCUUCCCAGAUGCACUUGCCACUGGUGGUGGCUCUGAGCCUUGUUGUGCCUGGUCUGUGGAGCCAUUUCCGAAUUAACAAACAGUGAUACAGGUGGUGGGAUUGCAUCAGUGAGUGGUAGGUACAAAAGAAGCCUCAUUAAAAUGUCUCAGAUGUGUCACUGGAAACCAGCGCAGCAGGCACCAGGAAAAGAAAAGGCCACUGAAAGGCCAUGCUGAGAUAAGUCCCAUUACCUGCCGAGAUGUUUGCCCUCCUGGAGCAGCAUUUCUCCCCUAGUUGCCCAUCCAGCUGCCCCAGGUGAGCUCACUGGAAAGCACAGCUCUCCACCUGGGCUGCCUUCUUCUACAUCUCAAAAAAAGCUGCGACUCCAUUUGUUACCCACUUUCCUCAAGCCCACGUGAUUUGGGAGAUGUGAAGUUUGUUGGGAGAUGUAACACAGAUCCACAGAGGGAGCUGGAAAACUUGGACAAGCUCUCUUCACAACAGCCCUUCUGGUUUUUAUCACCUUCAUCUCCAUCCCUGGCUUCCAGAUUUCUUUGCUUAGUUUCUUUGCACGGAAAAGCUGCAGUAGGAGCUGUGUUUGGCUUGUAGCUGCCUCUGUCCUGAGACAAAACCAAGGCGGGAGAUCCAACAACCAUGAUGGUGGGUGGGAUGGAGAGCAGGUUGGGAUUUCUCUUGACCCGCCUGAAGGCUG